AUGACCGCAGCCCUCGCUGCUGCCCGUGCCGCUGCGAUCAUGGCCUCUGGCAGCAGCGGCCUCGCCGCCGCCCGCCUCCUGUCCCGCGCCUUCCUCUUGCAACAGAAUGGAAUUCGGCAUUGCUCUUAUACAACUUCCAGGAAGCAUCUCUAUGUUGAUAAAAAUACGAAGAUUAUUUGCCAGGGUUUCACUGGUAAGCAGGGCACCUUUCAUAGCCAGCAGGCACUGGAAUAUGGCACCAAACUAGUUGGAGGAACCACUCCAGGGAAAGGAGGCAAGACGCACCUGGGCUUACCAGUCUUUAACACCGUGAAGGAGGCCAAAGAACAGACUGGGGCGACAGCGUCUGUCAUUUAUGUCCCGCCUCCCUUUGCUGCUGCUGCCAUUGAUGAAGCUAUCGAGGCGGAAGUGCCCCUGGUCGUGUGCAUCACCGAAGGUAUCCCGCAGCAGGACAUGGUGCGGGUCAAGCACAAACUGCUGCGCCAGGGAAAGACCAGGCUGGUCGGGCCAAACUGCCCCGGAGUCAUCAAUCCUGGAGAGUGUAAAAUUGGCAUCAUGCCUGGCCAUAUUCACAAGAAAGGAAGAGUCGGUAUCGUGUCUAGAUCCGGCACCCUGACUUACGAAGCGGUUCACCAGACAACACAAGUUGGAUUGGGGCAGUCUUUGUGUGUUGGCAUUGGAGGCGAUCCUUUCAAUGGAACAGACUUUACAGACUGCCUUGAAAUCUUUCUCAAUGAUCCAGCCACAGAAGGCAUCAUAUUGAUUGGUGAAAUUGGUGGUAAUGCUGAAGAAAAUGCUGCAGAAUUUUUGAAGCAACAUAAUUCAGGUCCCAAGGCCAAGCCUGUGGUGUCCUUCAUUGCUGGUUUAACUGCUCCUCCCGGCAGAAGAAUGGGUCACGCAGGGGCAAUCAUUGCUGGAGGAAAAGGUGGAGCUAAAGAGAAGAUCGCAGCCCUUCAGAGUGCUGGGGUUGUGGUCAGCAUGUCCCCGGCACAGCUGGGAACCACCAUCUACAAGGAGUUUGAAAAGAGGAAGAUGCUCUGAAAGAAAGACGGAAAAUUCCUUAAGCCUAUGGAUGAAUCAUUGUAGCAAUGGGAGCGGUGGCUGUUUGCUUCUGAUGUCCACUGACCGUCUGCCCGUCCACCUGUCGCUGGUCUUUUCAGCACAACAGGAAGCCAAAACAAGGUUUAGAAUGUCCCACACUGAGGUGUUUUCACCUCACUAAAUAAGAGAAGCAGCCAAUAAAUCUACCACUUGAUUUGAA